AGUUAUUGUAUUUUAUGUAAGACGUAUCCAUUGAAAGAAAAAAUUUGCCCUUACUAAUCGCAUUUUAUGAUGAUUCAAGAGCGCAUUUUCACUGUUGUAAGGGAGAAUAUCUUCGAAGUAGGUACUGGAUUGACUUGAGAGUAUUUCUUGAUGGCACAGUUUGAUAACAUCAGUUGAAUAGUCUUUGAUGAUAUAAUUAUGUUUAUUUCACAAUUUGCAGAAUGUCAUAUCUCACAGUUGAAGAACGUCAAAGUCAAGGCAGUUGUCGUAAUAAAUUAACUUCACAGGGACCUAGGUUCAGAAUAAUAUAACCAGUAGUUUUCACUUUAAUGAUAAAAUGUAAUAACAGGAGGCUAUAUUUCACAUAGAAACUUUUAUUUACAAAUGUAGGCGUUGGAAAGGGUCAAUCGAGUACCGUUUAAUUUUUACUACAAUUUUGUUCCUCCAAUUUUACUGAUUGAUUGGUAAUUCAUCCUAAGCGUCUAAAAUGAAAAAUACUUACAUCACCUGGGUGUUGAUGGGUGGCAGUCUUGGAUCGGAUGAUACUUACGACGACAUGAAGCAGCUGGUCAGGACUGACGAAGAAGAUGCAGAAAAAUUCACCAGCCUUCCAUUGGCUAGUUUCAAUUUCAUCAAUUCGAUUAUCGGCAGCGGUGUUAUCGGUAUACCCUACGCUUUACAUCAGGCUGGAUUCGGCAUGGGACUCGGGCUGCUAGUUCUUGUAGCAGUUUUAACCGACUAUUCCCUUAUUCUUAUGGUCCGGAGCGGUCAUAUCUGCGGGGAAAUGAGUUACCAGGGAUUAAUGAGAGCCAGUUUCGGACGACCUGGGUUUUACAUACUCACCGCCUUGCAGUUCAUGUACCCGUUUAUAGCAAUGGUGUCCUACAACGUCGUAGUCGGAGAUACGGUAACCAAAGUAUUGAUAAGGGUAACCGGCAUCGAUGAGACGAACAUCUUCGCUAAAAGGCAGGUCGUCAUUCUGCUGGCCACCCUAUGCAUCACGAUACCUCUGUGUCUUUACAGAAACAUAGCAAGACUGGCGAAAAUAUCUUUCCUAUCUCUUGUCUGCGUGGGAUUCAUCCUGAUUACGAUUUUCGUUAGGAUGGGUACCUUGGCUUCAGUAGUGCCAAGUCACGAAGACGGCUGGAGAUUCGCCAACCUUCCAGGAAUCAUUCCAGCGGUGGGCAUAAUGGCUUUUGCAUUCAUGUGCCAUCAUAACACUUUCCUCAUUUACGGGUCAAUAGAAAGAGUGACACAGCAAAAGUGGGACGUCGUCACUCACUGGUCCCUUCUUACAUCGUUCAUCGUCGCAGCUGCAUUCGGUAUUGCUGGUUACGCCACUUUCACCGCCGAUGUCCAAGGCGAUCUGAUGGAGAACUACUGCUGGGACGACGAUCUUAUGAAUCUCUCAAGGGUCAUGUUCAGUGGGACGAUACUGCUCACCUAUCCUAUCGAGUGUUUCGUUACUAGAGAGGUACUGAUGACCGCGAUAAAGGGUACGGACGAAACGGAGAAUCACGAUGCCUACAUUUCCGGCUCCGACCGAAAGUACUUGAUAAUAACUUUGAGCAUCGUAGCGGUGACGUACCUAAUUUCAAUGUCAACCGACUGCCUCGGGGUCGUCCUAGAACUUAAUGGGAUUCUGGCCGCAGUACCAUUGGCCUACAUUCUGCCCGCGCUCUGCUACCUCAGACUCGAAGAGGGCUCGCUGUUUUCGGCGAAGAAGCUUCCCGCUUUGGGACUGAUGCUUUCUGGGGUAUUCGCGGCUAUUUCCGGACUCCUGCUGCUCAUCUUCACUUCGGGUUCGACCGACUCCUGUUUCCACGGGACAACGCUUGCUUACUGUGGCAAUUCGACGGACACCGUAAGCACUACGGAUCCGGCAACUGGUGUCUUAUAAUAAUCUUACAUGUAGGCCGAUAUCGUUCUGAUGUCCACAAUGCGUGCAACGCAAGUUACUUUUACAAUGUUUAUUCAUUUUUCCUCAUUUUCUGCUCGGCCUAACCGAACCGCUUUAAAUAUAAUAAGUAAUAUUUUACAAAUUUUUGAGACUUUUGAUAUAUAUCUUUGUACACAAUAUUUUUUUAUUUUAUUUUUUUACACAUAAUUAUUACCGUAUGGUGAUCAUUUUGAGUUUAGAUUUUACAGUGCAUUUCACGUCGUAUAAAUUAUGGGUAAUAGUUUCAUGCUUGCAAAUCUAGUAUCAUUUUUGAUUCGAUGAAAUAUGUUUACUCUACAUAUUUAUACCUAUAUAUGCAUGUAUUGAAAAUCGUGAAGCUCUUGUAUGUGACAUCGACGCAUCGAAAGCAGACCAUUGAUGACCAUAAGAAAGUAUUUACCAAGCACAAAGAUAGAAAGGAAAAAUAUUACCUAACGUUAAAAAUCGUAUACAAAUAUUUGAAAAAAAAAGGAAAAAAAAACAAUUAUCGUCAAACGAGCAACAGUGUUCACAGUUGAUGAUAAUAAUAUUAUUACUAUUGUUAUGUGUGUAUAAAUAUAUAUUAAACGAAUUUUGUCACCUUCGACAAUCGCUGCUAUACCAAAACGCGUGUUGCCAAAGUAAUGUAUUGUAUACAUUAUAUACCUGUAUGUAUAAUUAUGUUAUUUCAAACUGUAGUGUGGAAAAGAAUUUUCUUUGUUGCCAUGAGGAUGAAAAUUGACAAUUUGGUUUUUGCAUGAGAAAUAUUGAAAUAAAUAAUACACUAUAUACACAAAGUGGAAAAGCGAAUUAAAGUAGGUCGUAUUGUUUCGUUUUUCAAUUGAAUCAAAACUGAAGCAAAUAAACCAGAUUGAAAACUACGAUAAUACGACGUUACGCGUGCUAAGAUAUACAUGAUCUAUGUACUAGAAGAUCUGUAACAUUCAAUUGCAUAUAACAUUCACAAUUGUCGUUGUUACCAAAGAAGAAAAUCUAUGUUUUAAUUACGUUAGGUUUCUUUACUUUAUACGUGUCCAAAAAUUUUGAAUCUUUCAUCGUGCAAAGACCCAAUUGCUGAUGCAUAGUGUUGUUCCCGUGUUGUGAAAAACCACUUGAAAGUCAAAGAACAAAAAAAAAAACACAACAAAGAAUACGGUCAAGUAAAUCAAAACAUGAUAUUUUGAACAUGCAGGCUGUGUUUCAUU